AUGAUAUUUGCGUAUAGUUAUUUAAUUAACUAUCGUUACACAUGGUAUUAUCGAUAUAAUACAAAUGAAGAAGAUUUACAUAUUGAAAUGAAUCAACAAUUUCGACAUGCAGAAAUCUAUUGGAAUCAACUAAUAAGAAAACAAGAAUUGAAUUCAAAUUAUAACUUUACGUCAGAUAUUUGUACAAUUUUAAUAACAUCACCUCGUAAUCAACAUCCAACAUUACAUUAUACUCUCUCUUCACUUGUCUCAUCAAUGACACACGAAAAUAAAUUAAAAACAAAGAUUUUUAUCUAUAAUUCAGCAAUACCACCGUCCCUUCAUAAAUAUGCUGAACAAUUAUCUCAAGCAAAACUAACUUUUCUUGAGAUUAUCAAUUCUUCUUCAAUUCAUUUCGACUUUGUUCAUCGAAAUGUGAAAUUCAAUUCUCAAUCCGAUCAAUGGGCAUUCAAUGAAGCUCUCGAUUAUCUAAUUGCUUUAUCAAUAUGUGAAAAACAAAAUUCGAGUAAUAUACUAAUUCUUCAAGAUGAUCUUAUAUUUACGAAGAAUUUCUUUGAAAAAUUACGAACGACAAUCUCUAAUAAUGAUCAACAUUGUAGUUUAAUAAAGUUAUUUCAAACAGAUUAUUGGGAUGGAUGGGAAAGAAAAGAUGGACCACGUCUAAUUCUUUUCUCCUUAUUUAUUUCCUUAUUAAUCAAUUUAAUCUUUCUUUUAACUGAUUAUAAAAUAUCUCUCCGAUUUAUUCGUUUAAAUACAAAUUUUUUUGUUACCUUUUUAUUAUUUUCUUUCCUAUGGUUUUUAUUCAUUCUGAUUAUAUUAUUAUCAGUCAAUCAUCAAAAUUUGCAAUUUAUUUAUCCUUCCAAACAUGAAAUAUAUAUUAUGCAAUCAUCGACAGCUGGAGCUCUUGCGCAAAUCUAUUCAUCAAAUGUCGUUAAACCAUUGAAGUUAUUUCUAUUGAAACAAAUUAAUUCAAAUCAAUCAAUACCAAUUGAUAUUCAAUUAAAUCAAUUUUUUGAAGAAUAUCGUUCAUCUUUUCUACAAUGUCAUGCUACACCAGAUCUGGUGGAUCAUAUUGGAGUUUAUUCAUCAAAUACAAACAAAAAUCAAGGAAAUUUUCUAGUCAUGAAAAAGAGUGGCACGUUCGAAAAUGAUCAAGCAUCAUUGCCAUUGACAUUCGAAUAA